AUGUCUCUCUCACGCGCUUUUACCACCAGAAAGGCUAAAGUCGCCGAAAUGGGCGACUCUCCACCACCGCACCGCAGCAACUCGGCCCGCGACAGACACCAUGGCCCUAUCCUACGACACAAGAUUUCCGGUCCUAUUCAGCUUGUUCACACGACCAACAUGCUGUCCUACAACGCUCCCGAUAUCCCCUCGCCUCACGCCUCUCUCCGCAACAAGUCUUCGCUUCGAUCUGUUGGUGAGGACUCCGAGGCUCCUUCAACUACCGAGUCAACUCCGCCUACGAGCCCGGAAGUUUCUCCCAUGGAAGAUUGCCCAGGUCCUGUGCCGAACCAUCUGUCAACUUACUUCUCGGUAUCCGGCAAGCCACACGUCAUGCCACCUGCCAUGCCCAAGGUCAACGAGGCUCCCGCGAUUCCUCAGCGAUCGCCUUCCCACACCAAGCAGAACUCGUAUGAGGCCAUCGCUCGCCAACGAUCCGUCUCUCAAAGGUCCAGAGAUUCAGAGCACUCCGUCUCCACAAAGGCUAGCUACACAUUCUCCCGAUCAUCGUCAACUUCUACCAGAGCGUCAUCGGCCUCGUAUGUCUCUGCUGGCCACGGCCUGAAGGCUCCUCCUGUGCCUGCCCCUGCAGUCCCAGUCGCCGCUCCAGCUCCUCCACCAUCUUUCCAGCAGCGAGCCCUCAAGGACUCUCACCCCUUUGGUCAUGAACUAGCACAAGUCACCGAGCUCGCCGAGGAGUACAGCGCCAGGCCGCUAAGCAAGGAGGAGGAAGAGGACAACCGAUACAUCAAGUCCAAGGGUCUCAACAAGUUCAGCGCCGAGGACUAUCUUGGCGAUGUUCAAAACCUGAUCUUCAGCUUCUUUCCCGAGGUGUCACACGCCAAGCCAACCACACCACAAUGGAUCUAA